AUGGAACCAACAAUGAACCCAGACUUUUCAGGCAAAAGAAAAAUCAAAACGGAGUUUGAAGAAGAAGAAAAUAAAGACAGCAUAACUCCACAUAUAAAGAAGGUCAAACAAGAGAAAAUAACUGAUCACUUGGUUGUGAAGAAGAAACGAGAUAGAUUCAAUGGAAUGACUGAGGAGGAAGUCAUGCAACGUACACUACCUGAUCAUUUACAACCAAAUUUAGAUAUAGUGAUUAUUGGUUUCAAUCCUGGACUUACAGCUGCAUAUGUGGGUCAUCAUUAUGCUGGACCUGGAAACCAUUUCUGGAAAUGUCUGCAUUUGUCUGAACUAAUUCCAGAACCAAUGACUGCAUAUGAUGAUAGUAAACUGCUGAAACAUGGAAUUGGCUUCACAAACAUUGUCCACCGAACUACAAGAGGUAGUGGAGAUUUAACAAAACAAGAAAUCAGAGAUGGUGGAAAGCAAUUACAUGAAAAGUUGAAAUUCUAUGCUCCAAAGAUAGCUGUAUUCAAUGGAAAAGGCAUUUAUGAGAUCUACAGUGGACAAAAGAACUUCAUAUUUGGAAAACAACCUGACAAAAUUGAUGGGACUGAUGUCACCAUAUUUGUGAUGCCAUCAUCCAGUGCCAGGUGUUCUCAACUUCCACGUGCCAUUGACAAGGUUCCAUUCUAUGUUGCCCUGAGGAAACUGAGAGACUAUCUUGUUGGCAAGACCAAAACAUUAAAUGAAGCUGAGGUGUGUUUUCCUGACCUGGAACUAAAAGUGAAGUCAGACAAGACUGAUAAAAACAAGAACCAGAAGUCACCCAAACAGGAAAAUAUACCCUAUGUGCCGCCACCUCAGUCCAAUUGUCUUUCCAUUGAGUAUCCACGAGACAAUAACUACCAAAGUCCACCAAUCCAGCCCCAAGGAUCAUUUGUGAAACCAGAACCUUUCUACAAUCCUGAGGACUAUGGUCGAAUGCCUGUACCUCAAGGCUUUAAUACUGAUAAGGGAGCAUUCUCCACCACUCCAUCUGUAUCAACUGUAUUCCAUAACCUGCCCUAUGACACUCUGUCCCCUCCCCCACCCAACCAACCUAUUCCUGUGGGCAUGUCACAGUACACUAAUUAUCCCCAAACACCUUAUGGUUACCUUCCUUUCCCUACUUGA